GAUUCUGUCAGUAUUUGGAUUUAUUUCUCAAAGUGGGUCCAUUAAAACUCAAACCUGUUGUAUUCAAAACUUUGAAGGUGCUUACAAUGCGCAAAAUGCUGUGACAUGACCUUAAACAGUCCAUUUAUUCUGGGAAACCCUUCAGUGUGGCUGACUUAAAACAAUCCUGCAAACAAGAGGGGCCAAAAUUGCUCUGCAGCAUCGUGAAGGACGCAUUAUCAGUUAUGCUGUUAUUGCAAAUGCUACCAAGUGUGGCAGUCAAGGGUAGAAUGAACAGUUAUUUGGUUUGGGGGGAAUUACUUUUCACAUAGGGCCAGGUAGAUUUGAAUGACUUUUUUUCCGGCUGAUAGAUGACCUUUCUCUGGAUGCUUUGGCUCAUCAGUAAAUAUCUGCUUGUCUGUAAUAAUGAUAUAUUUAAGUAUUGAAGCUAUUGUGCCACUGUUUCCAACCCUCUAAUUUUUAAAGUUUCUCUUUCAUUGAAAUAUCAACACUUGGUAACAGCUAUGGUGGAAAUGGUGAAAUUGCAACAGACAGACAAAAUAUUUCAUUGCAAUAUCUACAGUAUCUUUCUUAUGGUCUUCAUAUUGCUUAUGAAGUUAAGCUUAUGAGUCACAUUUCCAAACCUAGCACAAAAUGUAAAGAAGUUGGAGUUUGGUAGAUUGUUUCUUAGUUGUAACUUAACAAUGCUCCUUGGGUAGAAAUCUUAUACUGUAGGAAUGCCUGUUUAUUUCCCUUUUAAAUGGCGCCAUAUUUGUAAGGAAUGUGCACUUGCAGGAUGAGCAGCAGAUUUAUCAAUUUAACAAACAGGAGCCUCAGUGGUGUGUGGAAGAACCAUACACAGCCACAACACUCUGGCAUCUCCUCCUCAUGCUGGUCACCACACUGCUGUGCGAUGGCAUCCCAUUCUUCAACUAGCAUUUCUCACAAGUCAACCAAUUGUCAACACCUAGGGAUACCUGAAGCUCAAAACAUGAGUUAGUAGAAACAGCAAAACAAACUGUUAGGCUUUGGCAGAGAAAAUUUGGCAUUUUUUCAAGGGGACAUACCACAUACUCAGCUCUGCUGCUCAUCCCACAAAUGCAUGCUCCUUACAAAUGUGGCACCAUUUAAAAGGGUAAAAACAGGCUUUCCAAAAUGUAUGUCAAAGAUGCAUUGUUACAACAAAGAAAUAAUCUAUCAAACCCAUAUUUUCAUACUUUUUGUGCUGUGGGGUUGUUAUGUGUUUUCCAAAAGACUCGCUGCAUUUUGAUACCAAUAUAUGCUCCAAAAUCUGAACUUCCCUGCUUCAAGAUGGUGUAAAUUUAGCAACUGGUAAAAUGAAUCCCACAGCAUUGACUCAUGUAGUCAUCAUUUUGGUUUCUAAACCUUUAGCUGUUAUUCACAAGGCUUCACAGCCAACUAAUACACAUGUUAGACCUAACUGAACUUGUUUUCAAAAUAUUGUCACUUUACUUGGAUUGAAGUAUGUACUUUGGUACAAAAAGCUUUAUUAUUUGGAAAGAACUCACUUAAAAAUCCCCAAAACUUUCUUUUGUUUUCUAUGACCAUAAAGAAAUGAUGGAUGCUUCCUGAAUUUGUGUAGUUGCCUGGAAACGGUGGGUCACAUCACCCACAUGCUCAUCGUAGGCUACUCCACCCUCCCUACUCCACACAAAGCUAACAACUGACGUAAAAUGACGCAUUAAAAUGUUAAAAUUAAAUUCUUAGCAAAGAUAACCAUCACUGCUGACAAUCUAAAUGUCAUGUAGGUUAGCCAUUUGUCUUUUUAGCUAUUUAGUGUGAUUUAUCAGGUAGCUUAAACAAGCUACAGACCUUCAGUCAAUGAAAUGUUACUAAAGGUAACAUUUUCUGUAGUAGCUACACCUUAAAAUCAAAAAUUGCCUAUCAUUCCAAUGUUUUUGUUUCUCUCGCUCCGCUUUUCUACUAGGACUCAGAUGUCUUGUUUACUGGUUUUAAGCAAACACGUUUCCGCUUUAGCCCACUCUUUAUUAUUAACGCUAACUUUAUGUUGGCUACAUGACAAUAUCAGGAACUGAUAAACCGCUCCUCGCGCGUGAGGACAGAGGGGAGGGUCUGCAUGCGCGCUCCCGCUCGUGCCCACCUCCUGUCUGCCAUCCGAGCCUAGCCCGGUCUAUUCGCUGACUCAGUGCCUUAAGCAGCAUCACCGAUCACCUGAAGAGAGCCUCAGCAUCCUCUGCGGAGACAAAAAUACGUCGGCCAUGGCUAAAACAGCAACCGCAUAUAAGGAGAAGAUGAAGGAGCUGUCCGUCAUCUCCCUCAUCUGCUCCUGCUUCUACCCAGAAUCACGCAACAAGCUUGUGCGUGAGUUUGAAGGAUCGACAGACAUGGAGGUGAAGCCGAUCAACAAGCGGGCCUCUGGCCAGGCCUUCGAGGUGAUUCUCAAGCCUCUGUCUCCGGUGUCAGAUGUGGCCCACAACCUCCCUUCACCUCCCAAGAGGGACAUUUCUUUGGAGGACAUUGAGAAGAAACUGGAGGCUGCAGAAGAACGGAGGAAGUACCAGGAGGCCCAGGUGCUGAGGGCUUUGGCAGAGAAGCGAGAGCAUGAGCGGGAUGUGUUGCUAAAGGCUAUGGAGGAGAACAGCAACUUCAGUAAGAUGGCUGAAGAGAAGCUGCAGAUGAAGAUGGAUCAGAUCAAGGAGAACCGUGACGCCCAUCUGGCAGCCAUGAUGGAGCGUCUACAGGAGAAAGAAAGACACGCAGCCAUGGUGCGCAAGAACAAAGAGCUGAGGGAAGAGCUGACAGCAUGAGCCUCACACAGGCCCUGACUUCCAUAGUCCAUCAGUGUCCCUCCCACAAUCCCCACCCCCUUCUGAUCCUCCCUUCCCCACCCCUCCCUCACCCUCCUCAGAACAGACACCCAACCCUGGCGGCCAAGAGGUUCAAGGACCUCACCAUCACAUCACAACACACCACAGCACCAGUACACACAACUAUCAGUAUUAUCAGUGGAUACAAGCAUCAGUUACACUCAUCUUGAGAGUUGAAUGGAUUUGUUCAUUUUAGAGAAAAUUAUAUGGCUUUUCUUUUGUAAAUACAGUUUUCUUAAAAUCUAUCUAUCUAUCUAUCUAUCUAUCUAUCUAUCUAUCUAUCUAUCUAUCUAUCUAUCUAUCUAUCUAUGAUGGUAGGCGAGGUACAUACUGUACUGCUCUGUAUGAUUUCACACAUUUUGUUUGUGAUUGAUAAAUGUUUCAGUUCUUGAAAUUUUGACUCUACAACCAUUUUUUUUGUGAAAGAGCUCGGUGUUGUGAGUUGGCUGUCGACUGACUUUUUGCAAUGUUUCCUGAUGAUGUCAUGAUGAUGAUGAUGAUAAAAAUGAUGAUGUUUCCGUGUCUUUGUGAAGAAUGACGAUUUGGUGUACACGUAGACUUACGGACUUAAUCUCAAGAUAGCAAUGUAUCCCUUCUGUAUCUUCCUCACUCAUGCACACAUACUCUUUUUCGACACGCACGCUUGGAACUUAAUACGCCAAAAACACACAGUUUCAUAAAGUGUCCACUUCCUCUUUAAUCAAGCUUGAUUAUGAACUUGAUAGGUGCUUUAUUGUUACUAUUAAGAAUGUCUUUGGCCAAUGGGAGCAACUAUUUCUACACUUGCAGGUUCCUUUUUUUUCCCUGACAACUUUAUUUAUCAAUGAUUAACCAAAUCAAUAUCUCACAGUGUUUGGGGAUUAAUCUCUUGAAUGUUAUGGUAUCUGCCGUUGCUCCCACCUUGAUAUUGAUAGUGCGAACAUAACGUAUGUCUGCGUGGGUGUGUGUGAAUGCAGAUUUACAAAAAGGCAUCACUGGCCUCUGCUCUCUUUAUAGGGAUGGGAUGGAGAAUGGAUGCAGGAUGCUUUACAUUCAGCACACAGAACAAGCCUCUUUUUAAUAUCCAGUCACUGAUAUCUGCCUGCAUCCUCUGCUGCUUGUGUUUCUCCCUUCAUAUAUUUCUCUGUGAAAGCUUUGCUGAAUAAAGGUUUGGGAUUCUGUGAACGUAUGGCAUGCACCAUCUAAUACUUUUCUGUGCUAAAAAAAAGUGGAGGGAAAAAUGUAAACUGCCAAAUAAAAGAACCAG